AUGGGUUCCAUUCUGGACCAUGUGUUUCUUUUUCUGCAAUGUUUGACUUCCUGUUGUUCUGGAAUCCUGCGCCACGUUCAUCUAUGCUUGGACCGAAUUGCAGCACUAAAAGAGUCACGCUCUGGACGACAAUCAGAACCAGGCAUCCCCCAAGUAAAGGUCGAGUACGUAUUUCACUCUCCCGCCUCCAGCAAGAACGCACAAAAGAGGGUGCAAAGACCGACGUUGGCACAGAGAUGCGCGACAAAUGUGACUUUUAACAAGGUUAACCACAGACAUCCAGAAAAGGAAUUGAAAGAACUUCGCGAAGCAUUUCGCUUCCUUGACAUUAAUGGUGAUGGCACCGUGUCUGUGUACGAGUUGCGUACCAUCAUUCACAGUUUGGGACACUUCCCUUCCACUGAUGAACUGCGACAAGUUCUUAAAGACCACAACAUUACUGGUGACGAAUUCUUAACCUUUGAAGAUUUUGUUGACACAAUGGCAACUUUUGGUGGUUUUAGCGAAAAAUCCGAACACGAGAAAGAAGAACUGCGUUUGGCAUUCAAAUAUUUUGACAGACGAGGGCAGGGUUACAUCUCCGCCAACGAUUUACGUAACGUUCUCGAGUGCCUCGGCGAAGACAUAACAGAAGAAGAAGUUGACGAAAUGAUCGCAGAAGUUGACAUUAAUGGCGACGGAAGAAUUGAUUUCGAAGAAUUCAUUGCUUGCUUGAAAGUCCAUGAUGACCGGCGAUGUUCCGUUCUUCUCGAUCUUUCGACAGAUGAACAUCGGCGCCACGGGCCCUACAGAACCAUGGAGCCAAAGUUCCGGGUUCCGGUAGACCGAGGUGCGUGGGAUAAACAAAACCCUUUCACACAGGACGUAGAACAAGAGAAAUGGACAUACAAUCUAUACCGUGGCCUCACUGGCCGUGUCCCAGUGACAACGCCAUUUUAA